AUGCGCGCCCCCGCGACGGGCCCGUGCAAGUGCGGGUCGACGACGCACUUCCGCACGUCCCAUCGCGACUGCCCGCUGAAGAAGCCGCGGAAAUCGCGCAAGGCGAACGGCGCCGCCGCCGCGGCGGCGGUGCCCCUGGCCGCGUCGGCGGCCGUCGUCGUGCCGCCGGGCCCCGUGCCCCCGCCGUUCCCCGAGCCCGCGGCCGUCCCGCCGGCGCCCGUGCCCGUCGCGACGGCGCCGGUGCCCAUCGCGCCGCGCGUCGCCGUCGUCGAGCCCGAGCCCGGGGCCUACGUCGAGGACGCGCUGCCCUUCCGGGCCGAGGGCCCCCACGUGGGCGCGCGGCUCCGGCGGAGCGUGCGCACGCCCGCGCGGAGCCUCUGGGUCGAGGGCUUCGUCGUCGGCUACCUCGGCGCGGACGAGUCCGACUUCUUCGACGCGCUCGGCCAGCCCGCGCCCCUCUACCGCGUGCGCUACGACGGCGGCCUGCUGGCGCUGCGGGGCGACGAGGAGGACCUCGAGGAGCACGAGCUCCUGCCGUCGCUCGCGCCCGCGACGCUCCCGCCGGGCGACCCGCGGUCCGCGGCGCGACCGCUCGACGACGAGGGCCGCGUCGCGCCCGCGGAGUCGCCCUACGAGAAGCUGCGCGAGGCGAACAUCGCGCGCAACGAGGCGGCGCUCCAGGCCCUGGGCCUCGCGAACGGGACCCGCGCGGACCCGCCCGCGGGCGACGACCUCGUCUGCCUGCCCAAGAAGAACAAGCGCGCGGCCGACGCGCCGGGCGGCCGCGGCGCCAAGGCCGCGCGGCGGCCGUCGGAGGCCGACUCCCUCGAGGACGAGUCCCUCGGCCUCACGGACGACGGAAACGAGGCGCCCGAGCCCGCCGCGGCGCCCGCGUUCGCCUACGACGACGACGGCGUCAACUCCGCGGAGGCGGGCCCCGUGACGCUCGCGCGCCUCGGCGAGCUGCUCCGCCGCGCGCUGGACGACGACGAGUACCACAUCUUCGGCGGCGGCGGCCUCCACGAGCCGCCCGUCGCGCUGUUCUACGACCUGGACGCGUGGGAGACGCAGCUCCGCGCGUGCGUCGGCGCCUUCGGCCCGACCUUCGAGCACGCCAUCGCCUGCAAGUCGAACCCGCUCGCGCUCAUGCUGCGGCGCGCGGCGGAGCUGGGCUUCGGCGUCGAGUGCGCGUCGGCGACGGAGGCGGCGCACGCCGUCGAGGCCUGCGGCGUCGCGCCGGGCCGCGUCGUCUUCGACUCGCCGUGCAAGACGCGCGUGGAGCUGGCCUACGCGCUGGAGACGGGCCUGCACUGCAACCUGGACAACCUCGACGAGCUCGACCGCGCGACGGAAAUCGUCGCGCGCAUGGGCCGGCCGCCCGCGGGCCGCGUCGGCGUCCGCGUGAACCCGCGCGUCGGCGCCGGCACGAUCGCGGCCCUGUCCGUGUCUACGUCGGCAUCCAAGUUCGGCGUCGACAUCGGCGACGCGGCGCAGCGCGCCGACUUGCUCGCGAAAUUCGCGGCGCGGCCCUGGCUGACGAGCGUGCACGUGCACGUGGGCUCCGGCGGCAUGGGCCUCGGCCAGCUCGUCGCGGGCGUCGCGGCCGCCGUCGCCUUCGCGAACGACGCGCGCGAGACGAACGCCGUCGCCUGCGUCGACAUCGGCGGCGGCCUGCCCGUCGACUACGGCUCCGACGCGGCGCCGGACUUCGCGGGCUACGCGGCGUUACUCCGCGACGCGACGCCCGAGCUCUUCGACGGGACCUACGCGGUCGUCACGGAAUUCGGCGCGUCGCUGAACGCGAAGAGCGGCUUCCUCGCUUCUCGGAUCGAGUGGCUCAAGGACCAGCCGACGCGCAGGCUCGCGAUCGUCCAUUUCGGCGCGGACCUGUGCCUCCGGCAGGCCUACACGGCCGACCACGGCCGCCGCUGGGCGGCCUUCGACGCGGCGGGGCGCGCGUUCCCACACGACGCCCCGCUGGCCGACGCGGCCAUCGGCGGGCCCCUCUGCUUCCAGGGCGACAUCCUCGCCGACGACCUCAAGUUGCCCGCGGCGCUGCGGGCGGGCGAUUUGGUCGUCAUGCGCGACGCGGGCGCGAACUCGCUCAGCCUCUUCAGCCGCCACUGCUCCCGCGUCGCGCCGCCGGUCUACGGCUUCCGGACCGUCGCGCGGCGCGACGACGACGCCGUGCCCCACAUCGACGACCGCGACCCGCUCGAGCUCGUCCCGCUCAAGCCCCGCGAGCGGCGGGAGGACGCCCCGGAGGCCCUGGUCGGGCGCAUCGGCGCCAUCUUCGCGCGGCGGUCGGACCUGGGCGACGACCUCGACGAGGGCGAGCAGCGGAAGGUCGCAGCGGGCAAGGACCACGCCCACUUCGACCGCGUGCGCGUCGACGAGGGCACGUUCACGCCCGAAGGCCUCAAGGGCAGCACGACGUUCCAGAACUCGAAGCGGUUUCGCGAGAAGAACUCGCCCGUCGAGGACCGCGCGGUCUGCGUCGUCACGAGCCGCAUGUCCGCGGCGCUCGAGGCCCACGCGGCGGCGACGCCCCUCCGCAAGCCCGUGAGCUUCGGGCCGGGCCGCCUCGGCGAGCAGCUCUGGGUCGAGAGCGACACGCUGGACACGUCCGUCGUCUGCGUCGGCGACGAGUUCGGCGUCUUCCGCGGCGGCGCGGACGCGCCCGCGCUCGUCCUCCGGGUCGCGAGCCCGCGGCGGCCCUGCUCCUACGUCGACUCGAUCCACGGCGGGACCUACACGCGCGACGGCGUGCGGUCCUUCGCCGCGCGCACGGGCAACGCGGGCAUCUUCUGCCGCGUGCUAGGCGACGGCGGCGCCGCGGCCGCGGGCGACGAGCUCCGCCUGCUGAAGCGCCCGCACCCGACCUGGCCCCUGGCCCGCCUCGCGAAGCUCGUCUACUCGGGCAAGGGCCUGCUCUCGGGCAAGGCCCUCCCGCGGUCCGACUGGGCGGGCACCGCCGCGGAGCUCGAGGAGGCCGCGGCGCUCCCGGAGCUCGCGGUGCUCGAGUGGAAGGAGGAGCUCAACGGCAUGCUCGGCCGGAAACCCAUCGGCCAGUACGCCGCCGCGGCCCCGGCGCCGACGCGCGCGGCGCCGGACGCCGCCGGGGGCCUCGGCGCCGUCGUCGCGCUCGCCAUCGCGGGCAACGCGGCCCUACUCCUCCUCGUCGCCGCCUCCGUCGCCCUCGGAUGA